AUGUUGAAGAGCAUCCUUUGGUUGCCUGUUAUUGCGAUAUCGAUAUCGAUUGUUGAAGCGACACUUCCUGUUUGCAAGACUUGUCCAGUAAAUGGACAAUGGAGCCAAUGGUCGGAUCACACGACAUGCUCGAAAACUUGUGGACUCUUUGGACAGAAGGUUCAGAAAAGAAGCUGUCCAUCAUUUGCGAUGGGAUGUCCGUGCAAAGGCCCUGUUUCCCGAAUUGUCCCUUGCGCAUCGGCUGUUUGUCCGAAGGCUCCCGUUUGUGCUACAGGCUUUAAAAAGUAUCAACCAAGAGGAUCGACAAGGUAUGUUUGUGGAAAUAUUACACGAGAUGAUAACUAUCAAGCACCCGGUUGUCAACUUACAAAGAAAAUGCAUCCAUGUCCGUGCCCAACUGGAGGCAAGGUCUGCAAGUCGAAGGACUACGGAUGUCCGUGCACUGGUCCCAACGCUCGUCGGAUUGCUUGCCCAAAAGUUCCCUGUACUGGUGCCGAGAAAUGUUGCUACGAUUAUCCAGUGGUGAAAAAUCUGGAAACUGGUGUAAAGGAAUGCGGUCUAAAUGUGUGGGCGGCUCCGAUAAUGAACCCAUUGCCGUCAUGUUAUACGACGACCACAACAACGACUACAGUCACGACGAUUCCACCGUGUGGAAAUGGUUGCUCUGAAGCUGCCUUACUAGCAAAAUGGGAUCAGGGGGAUCAGCCUCAGAAUUUGACUCUUUUCUACUCGACUGACGCAAACGGAUGUCAAACAGCUGGCUACGUUUGCAAGAGUCUAAACAAUACUACAAUUCACUUCUCAGUGAUCCCACAGGAACCAGAGUAUCCGGAUUGGUAUCCAGACACUGGAUAUUAUAUCGUCGAACUUGAAGAGUAUGGUACCGAGAUCGUUUCAAAAGAGCCAAAUCCUUUCCUGUGCGCAAUGACGAGUCCAACUCCAACAUGGCAAUUUGAUUCAUAUUAUUUCAAUCAGGUGGACCUUGUGACAAUCUUUUGUCAACUUGAAAGACCGCAGGGUGCCGCG